CAGAGUUCUGCAUCCAACAACCAUGGUUAAUGGAAUUUCCAGUAACUGUCUGUCUCUGUGCAUGACUUACUGUUAUAUAACGAUCUCAUCCCCUUGGAAGUUGAUCUCUGCAUCAAUCAUACACUUAAUUAAAACAUACAUGGCAUCCUCUGUUCCCAUUAAUUCCGUUGCCCUGCUCAUCUCUGUUUUGUUCUACGGAAUCUAUUUGGAUACCGCGGCUGACUUUGUGGCGGCAUCUGAAUUAGAUUUUCAGACUCUGCGGGAGAGUGGAUGGUGGUCGACUUACUACAUGACCUCCGGUUAUUCCUCCAAUCCAUGCAUGUGUUAUGGGAUCACUUGCAAUGACGAUGCAAGCGUGACAAAGAUCUACUUGUAUCAUGAUGUCGUUUUGGGAAGUACGUUGAACCUCAACUUUGCUUCCUUGACAAAUUUAACUUUUCUUGUUCUCGUAGGAGCCGGACUUCGGGGGAGCAUCCCACCUGAGAUUGGUAUUUUAUCCAAACUCACCUACCUUGAUCUUUCAUACAAUAAUCUUACGGGUGAGUUUCCUGAUCAUUCACUCAGAAAUCUCACUCGUUUAGAUUUGUUGGAUAUUUCUAAGAAUCGAAUCAGUGGUUGCAUCCCACCCGUGUUAGGUGAUCUAUUGAAACUCACCUACCUUGAUCUGUCAUACAACUCCUUAACUGGAAGCAUUCCCUCUGAUAUCGCUCAACUUACCAAUCAACGUACACUUAUACUUAGUCAUAAUAAUCUCAAAGGCUCAAUUCCUAUUGGUCUAGGCAGUUGCACGAACUUGAAGCACUUGUCAUUGAGCAACUACUCCUUAACUGGAAGCAUUCCCCGUCAAAUUGGUUAUAUACGUUCGAUUAAAUCUAUUGGCCUUAGUCAUAACUUUCUCAGCGGAGAAAUCCCUUACGAACUUUGGAGUUUACCGUAUUUAGAUUUAUUGGAUCUCAGUUACAAUAAUCUUACCGGAAAAAUUCCCGACGGGUAUUGGAAUCGUACCUCUCUCGCAUUAAUUGGAAACAAGAAUCUGUGUGAUAACUUCAAGGGUAUUUCUCCUUGCCUUGCAACCUCUCCAGCAAAAUCAACCAAAUACCAAUUUUUGUUCCCAUUGCCAUCUUCUUCCUAAUUCUCUUUGUUAUUGGGCUUUUACUCCUU